AUGCCACUGAAGGCGAAAGAGAUCCUAGCUCACCCAGGCUUCAAGUCGCAGGAAUGGGACCUGCCGCCUACGAAGCAGGGGAGGAGUGAAGUCGCCAAAGGACGGCCGGGGGGUCCGUUUAAGCUUCAUUGGGAGAUCCAUGGUACUGGAGAUGUCAAGCUGGUUUGGAUCAUGGGUCUCGGCGCCUAUCGAACCCAGUGGAAGCGACAGACCAAAUACUUCGGCCACGAGCGGGCGCAGCGGUAUUCGAGUCUCGUGUUUGACAACCGCGGCAUGGGCCUCAGCGACAAGCCCACGUGUCGAUACUCGACGUCGGAGAUGGCCAAAGAUACGGUCGAUCUGCUCGAGCAGAUAGGAUGGCUGCCGGCCGAGUCGUCGUCCUCGCGAAAACGCAAUCUCCACGUCAUCGGAGUGAGUAUGGGCGGGAUGAUCGCGCAGGAACUCGGCCUGCUGAUCCCCGAGUCCAUUGCAUCGCUGAGCCUGGUGUCUACGGCUCCGCGCCUCGUGCGCACGAUCCCUUUCAUCCAGAACCUCCGCGAGCGGAUCAACAUGUUCAUCCCGCGCGACAUCGACGUGCAGCUGGACGAGAUCGCACACCGCUUGUUCUCCGACGACUUUCUCCGGCAGCCGGAUACCGAGCAGGCACCGAACUAUCCGACCAACCGCGACCGGUUUGCCGCGGGCGAACUCGCCAAACGAAUGGACACCCAAGGCUUCACCAAGAAGGGGUUCGUGCUGCAGGCCAUCGCGGCCGGCUGGCACCAUAAAUCGCCGCAGCAGCUCAAGGAGCUGGCGGACCGGGUCGGCAGGGAGCGCAUUGCUGUGCUGCACGGCACGGAGGAUCGCAUGCUCACGUUCGUCCAUGCGAAGCUGCUGAAGGAGGAGCUGGGCGAGGGGAUCACGUUCAAAGUCUGGGAGGGGAAAGGGCAUGUGCUGAUGUGGGAGGUGGAGCAGAGCUAUAAUCAGUUCCUUGAAGAGUUCUUUGACCGGUGCGAGAGGUUGGAAAGUUAG